AUUUAGACAAUAAAAAGCAUGUGGAGUUGAAGAUGGACCAAGCUUUGCUCCUCAUCCAUAAUGAACUCCUGGAAACAAACUUGACAGUUUACUGGAAGUCUGAGUGCUGUUACCAGUGCUUGUUCCAGUUUCUUGUAAAUAUUUCUCAUGGUAGAAAACCUGGGAAGCCAACCCUUGCACCUGUCUCUAUCAGCACCCAACAUGGCUCCAUUCUGCAAAUUAAUAAUACACUGGAAGAGAAGGAAGUUUGUAGGUUGGAAUACCAAUUUGGAGAAUUUGGAAACUAUUCUGUCUUGAUAAAGCACACCCACAAUGGAGUCAGUGAAAUUGCCUGUGACCUGGUUGUUAAUAAGAGUCCAGUUGACAGUAACCUUCCUGUGAGUGUCGCGUUCCUUGUCGGUUUAGCGGUCAUCAUUGCAGUAUCCUUCCUAAGGUUCUUGUUGAGUUUGGAAGAUUUUAAUAAUUGGGUUUCUAAGGCAAUAAAUUCUCAAGAAACUGAUCAUCUCAUCAAUUCUGACUUGGGAUCCCCUGGUAGGGCAGACCCACUCACUGGUGAUCCUCAACCAGAAACGCGAUGUCCAUCUGCCCCAGGGUACCGCCUCCGCUGCCUGGACACAUUCCGGGGGGUAGCUCUCAUCCUCAUGGUCUUCGUUAAUUAUGGAGGAGGAAGAUACUGGUACUUCAAACAUUCCAGCUGGAAUGGACUGACAGUGGCUGACCUUGUGUUCCCGUGGUUUGUGUUUAUUAUGGGAUCUUCAAUUUUUCUGUCAAUGACUUCUGUGCUUCAACGGGGAUGUUCAAAAUUCAAAUUACUGGGAAAAAUUGUAUGGAGGAGUUUCCUUUUAACCUGCAUAGGAAUUUUCAUUGUGAACCCCAAUUAUUGCCUUGGUCCAUUGUCUUGGGAUAAGGUACGAAUUCCUGGUGUUCUGCAGCGGUUGGGAGUCACGUACUUUGUGGUUGCUGUGUUGGAGCUUCUGUUCGCUAAACCCAUACAUGAAAAUUGUGUCUCGGACAGAAGGUUCUCUUACCUUCGAGACAUCACCUGCAGCUGGUGCCAGUGGCUCUUCAUUCUGCUGCUGGAAAGCAUUUGGCUGGGCUUGACAUUCUUAUUACCAGUUCCUGGAUGCCCUACUGGAUACCUGGGCCCUGGUGGUAUUGGAGACUUGGGGAAAUAUGUAAACUGUACUGGAGGAGCUGCGGGUUACAUUGACCACCUGCUCCUAGGAAGUGACCACUUGUACCAGCAUCCUUCUUCUACGGUGCUGUAUCACACCACGGUUGCCUUUGAUCCAGAAGGAAUCUUGGGGACCAUCAACUCCAUUGUGAUGGCAUUUUUAGGAGUUCAGGCAGGGAAAAUACUGUUGUAUUACAAGGGUCAGACCAAAGGCAUCCUCAUUAGAUUCACCGCCUGGUGUUGUGUUCUUGGACUUAUUUCUAUUGCUUUGACAAAAGUGUCUGAAAAUGAAGGCUUUAUUCCAAUAAACAAAAAUCUCUGGUCCAUUUCCUAUGUCACCACACUGAGUGCUUUUGCCUUCUUCAUCCUGCUGGCACUGUACUUGGUUAUCGAUGUGAGGGGACUGUGGACAGGAGCCCCAUUCUUUUACCCAGGAAUGAACUCUAUUCUGGUGUAUGUUGGCCACGAGGUAUUUGAGAAUUACUUCCCCUUUCAAUGGAAGCUGGAGGAUAACCAGUCACACAAAGAACAUUUAACUCAGAAUAUAGUUGCCACUGCUCUCUGGGUGCUCAUUGCCUAUGUUCUCUAUAAAAAGAAGAUUUUUUGGAAAAUCUGAUAGCUACCACUGCAGUAUGUUGCUGGAAGAAUCUACUGGAUCUGAAGUAUUGAAACAGCCUUUAUUAAAUAGGGAAUCAUCAGUGACAAAACUAGUAGUUUGUGUGUUUUCAGAUUAUUGUGAAAAAUGCCGAACUAAAAUUGGCUGUCUGGAAUGCCUGACAUGACUUAUAGGCUUUUCCCUUUGUAUUUGUGACUUACAUAUUUGGAAACUUUGUCUUUUCUCUGUCUUCUACAGAAAUGGAUGUAUUUGGAGCUGCAUUCUAAGGAAAUUGUACCCUUCCCCCCAACAGGGUCUUGCUAUGUAGUUCAGGCUGACCUUGCACUCAUAAUGUAGCCCAAAUUGGCCUUGAACUCUUGAUGAUCCCUUCUGCUUCAGCCUCCCAAGUGCUGGGAUUACAGGUGUGCAUCAUCACACCUAUGGUGUGAACCAUCAGUCUGAUCUAAGUUUCUCUGGAAUAUAAUUUUAGAAAUACGUCUAACCAUUGAUCUAUCUCAAAUAUUUCUCAGUGAACUAUUUCAAAUAUUUCUCCAUGCUAGUGCUGUCCUUCGUACUUUGUUAUAUUUUGUUCGCUAUAAAUAUAAGUCUUUAAAUUUUUAUAUAAUGUGCUAA